AAUCCGAUUGUCAAACGGAUUUAAGACGUGUUACCCCAAAUCCAUUUCCAAAUAACACACGACUUUGUUUUUGUACAUAUAAAUAAUUUGAAAGAUGUUUCGCAAUCAGUACGACAGCGAUACGACGGUGUGGAGUCCCCAGGGACGCCUCUUCCAGGUGGAGUACGCCAUGGAGGCGGUCAAGCAGGGCGCGGCCACCGUGGGACUAAAGAGCAAGGACUACGCAGUGCUCAUUGCCCUGUGCCGGGCAUCGGACACCGAAACGAUGCAGCCCAAGAUCAUGCCCGUGGACAUGCACCUGGGCAUAUCCAUUUCUGGUCUGACGGCGGAUGCCCGAUUAAUCUGCCAGUACAUGCGGACCGAGUGCUUGUCCUAUCGUCAUUCGUACGCCGGAAUUGUGCCAGUUAACCGCCUGGUAACCAAUCUCGGCAACAAGAUGCAAGCCACCACCCAGCGCUACGAUCGCAGGCCGUACGGUGUGGGUAUUUUGGUGGCUGGCUACGAUGACGGUGGAUCGCACCUCUACCAAGUGAUGCCCUCAGCGGUCGUCCUCAACUGCAAGGCCAUGGCGAUUGGCUCGCGUUCGCAGACCGCUCGCACCUACCUGGAGCGUAACUUGGACAGCUUCGAGAACUGCUCCAUGGACGACUUAAUUUGCCACGGCAUUCAGGCUAUUCGCGGCGCGCUGGGCCACGCGGAGAACCCAGCGCUCACAAUAAACGUGGCCAUAGUGGGCGCCAACCUUCCAUUCAAAACCUUCGGCGAGGAGGAGAAUCACAAGUAUCUGGAAAUGGCCAAGCUCAUGGGCAGCCCAGUGGAGGUAGCAGACGAGGCGACAUCCCACAGCGAUGAAGAUCUCUUGGGGCAGGGACCAAGUGCCAACGACCAAAGCAAUGCUGCCACAGAGGACACGUAAAUUCGAUGGCACACAAA